UUGUUCUUCCCUUUUAAAGCUUGUCGAGCGGCGGUUCGGUGCUAAAAUUAUUAAAUUAUUUAUUAAUAAUUAGUGAUAAUAGUGAAUUCCAAGUGAAAUAUAUAUUAAAAAAAACAGUAAAUAGCAGAAAGUCGUUCUUCUCCAACAUCAUAUCAAUCAAAUUGUUGAUAAGCGUCUAAGAAAAAGGAUUCUCCCCUUGUUAAAGAAUCUAUCCUCUUGCUUUCAAAACUCUUCUACUAACCCGAGUUAACUCAAACUAAAAUAAACAUGUCUGACUGGGGAGAUGAAACUGAUGUCGCACCAAAGGUCGAUCGCAACGUUGGUGGUGGCGGAGGAGGCGGUGGUGCUGAAAAUGAGUGGGGUAACUCUAAACCAGCUCCUCCUGUAGCAAAGUCUACAAGUGGUUGGAGUGAUGAAGAGGCUGAGCCUAAAAAGAGCGGAAACGGUGACGGUUAUCGUGGACGCCGUGACGAUGGAGAAGGCGGAGGCGGUGGUGGCUAUCGUGGACGCCGUGAAGACGGAGAAGGAGGUGGCUAUCGUGGUCGACGUGAUGAUGGCGAGGGUGGUGGCGGCUACCGUGGACGUCGUGAAGACGGAGAAGGAGGUGGCUAUCGUGGUCGUCGUGAUGAUGGCGAGGGGGGCGGUGGUGGCUACCGUGGACGUCGUGAAGACGGAGAAGGGGGUGGCUACCGUGGACGUCGUGAAGACGGAGAAGGAGGCGGCUACCGUGGACGUCGUGAAGAUGGCGAAGGCGGUUUUCGUGAACGUCGUCGUCGGGAUGAAAACGACAUGAAUAACAAUGAAGGCGGUGACGACGAAGAAAAAAAACCAAGGGAGUUCUAUAUUCCUCCAGAGCCUACCACCGAUGAGGCCGAGAUGUUUAAUAGCGGCAUUGCAUCUGGCAUUAAUUUUUCCAAAUACGAUAAUAUUCCCGUAAAGGUCAGCGGUGAGAAUCCGCCAAAGCCCGUAAAAACCUUUGAAGAGGCUAAAUUGCGUGAUAUUCUGAUGGACAACAUUAAGAAAUCGGCCUAUACAGUGCCAACACCCAUACAAAAAGUCUCUAUACCAGUUAUUUCCGCUGGCCGAGAUUUGAUGGCGUGCGCCCAGACCGGUUCGGGCAAGACUGCUGCCUUUCUUUUGCCCAUAUUGAAUCAUAUCUUGGAUAAGGGCUAUGAACUAGAAAUUGGGAAACCGCAAGCCAUUAUUAUGUCACCAACCAGGGAGCUGGCCGUGCAGAUUUUCAAUGAAGCACGCAAAUUUGCUCAUAACUCGUAUUUAAAGAUAACCAUUGUCUAUGGUGGCACCUCGGUUAAAUAUCAAAACGAAAGCAUUACCAAGGGCUGUCAUAUACUGAUUGCAACACCAGGACGCUUGCUUGAUUUUGUUGAACGUACAUUCAUCACAUUCGAGGAUACACGUUUUGUGGUACUCGAUGAAGCUGAUCGUAUGUUGGACAUGGGUUUCUCCGAAAGUAUGCGUAAAAUUAUUACACAUCCGACAAUGCGUAAAGAACAUCAGACUUUGAUGUUCUCGGCCACUUUCCCGGAGGAGAUUCAACGUAUGGCCGGAGAGUUCCUACGCGAUUAUGUGUUUGUGACUAUUGGUGUAAUAGGCGGUGCCUGUUCGGAUGUUACACAAACUAUCUAUGAGGUUGACAAGUUUAAUAAGAGGGCCAAAUUGAUGGAAAUUCUAAGAGACGGCGCAGAUGGCACAAUUGUGUUCGUGGAAACAAAGAGAGGUGCAGAUUUUCUGGCGUCGUUUUUCUCGGAGACAGAGUUUCCGACGACAUCUAUACACGGAGACCGUCUCCAAAGCCAGCGAGAACAGGCGUUAAGAGAAUUCAAGUCGGGUAAAAUGAAGGUUCUAAUUGCCACAUCCGUUGCUUCACGUGGCUUAGACAUUAAGAACGUUAGUCAUGUCAUUAAUUAUGAUAUGCCCAGCACAAUAGAUGAUUAUGUACAUCGAAUUGGGCGCACAGGACGAGUUGGAAAUAAUGGACGGGCCACAUCGUUCUUUGAUUCCGACAAGGAUCGAGCUCUGGCUGGAGAUUUGGUGAAAAUACUUGAAGGCUCAGGCCAAGAAGUGCCGGAUUUCCUGAAAUCUAUUGGUGGAAAUAGCAGCUAUCAUGGUUCCAAGUUUGGUGGCGUUGAUGUCCGUCGUGGACCUACUGAAGCUGCUGCUGUGGAAAAUGAGGAAGAGUGGGACUAAAGAACGAUUAACACAAUCGCAUUCUCAAUUAUUGCAUUAGAUUUAUAAGAAAUUGACGAAUGACUUUUGACCCCGGGCCCCGAUUUUAGGAGAGAGACACAACACCUUAUCACAAACACACAAGUUCACAGGAUGAAAACACACAUGUUCACAGGAUGAACACACACAUGUUCACAGGAUGAGCACACACACAGAUACUUGAACCUCAUGCAACUGAAUAAGCAUUUUGGUUUAAUAAUUGCUUUCAUUUAAUUUUAACAUCUUAUGUUAAACCCACCCCUUAACCAAUUUUGAUUGAUAAAUAUAUACACGUAUAUAUACAUUUAAA